GGGCGGGCUGGGACCUCCUGCGUGAGGGGAACUGCAGCGGCGGAGCGAAGGUACGGUCCUGAACGGCAUCGUCCGCAUUUAUCUCUUUUAUGUGCCUCGCUCGUUACUAACUAACAUGCUAUAUGGAACUUAUACGUCGGUCUAGGCUAAUGAAGUGGGGUUUACUGCUUUUAGAGUGAGCUGAGCUUAAUAAAUUGAAGUAACAAAGAUUUCCCGUUCUCUCCCAGGUACUGACACAGAGAAAGCAGAUUUGUGUCGGGGGCAAUUUUUCACUGACUUUAUCCUCAGCAUAUACUGAAUAGCGAAAUGUCCUCGAAGAAGAAAAUAAAGAAGACUCAUACAAGCUAUAAAUUAGAGGAACACAAAGCCAAUUCCAAUCUUCGCUGGAAAUCACUUCUGCUUGAGGAACCUGAUGUCUCAAGGAUAUUGAAGGUAGCAGAAACAAAACACCUGGAGGAGCUGGAUGAUUCCUUUGAUCACCCUUUGCACAGUACUGCUGUGGAUGCUUAUGCAGAGGAACACUCACAAAAUGAGUCACUUGGUCGUGUUUCAGCACUGCAAAGGCAAAAUACAGAAAGAAGUAAAAAAAUGCAUCUAUCAAAGACAUCUAAUGGUGAUAAGCAGAUACUCAAAACAGCUGGUGCUGGAGAUGGACCUCUUAAGGAGACUGUGAAGGGUCUGAAUGCUACUCAGUUCCAGGCGAAAAAGAAGCAGCCUUCAGAGGAGAGCACAUCAGACCCUUCUGUGGACAGCCCACAUUCUGUACAGGUUUGGUGUCCCAAAGAGCUGGAGAGAUCUCCUAGAGAUAUUACAGAACUGGAUGUUGUUCUGGCUGAAGUUGAGAAGAUAGCAGCAAAUUACAGACAAAGCAUAGAAUCAAACAUUUGCAGAAAGGCUAUCAAUGACUUCUGUUCUGCUUUCAAGGGCCAAAUCACUGAUCUUAUAGCAGGAGUCCAGGAAUUAAAGAAUAUGAAGAGGAAAAAUGCUAAGGCAGUAACAAACAUCAAAAAGAAAAGGCAGCGACUGGUGCAACUCAGAGAAGAGCUAAUUGGAGCUGAACCACAACUGACACAACUAGAAAGAGAAUAUGCUGAGAUAAAGGAAAGGAAAUCUUCCUUGAGGCAAACAAUUGAAUUACUUACUGAUUUAAAGGAGCUACAACAAGACUGUUUGGAUUAUAGAGAAGAAAACCCAAAAGAAAAAGUGGUAUAUGGAACUUCCAGCCUCCCUGCUCUUCUGAUGGAGUCACGGAGAAUUCUAGGAGCAGAAAGACACUUUCAGAAUAUUAAUUUGAAACUGGAAGAGGCUCUGGCUGUACAAAGAGAGAGGUUAUCAAAGAAAGACUAAGUGUUUUUUAAGACUUUUUAACAUUUGUUAAAAACAGUUAUUAGAAUGGUAGUGUUUAAAGCGUGAUUAGUCACUGUUGCUCUAUUUUGUUUCAAUGUUAAAAAGUCAAUGACUUGUCGAGAUGUAUCUUUCUAUUGUCAAAUAGUCUCAGUGUCAGUGAAAUGACUGAAAUAGCAAUCCCACUUAAAGUAAUAAAACUUUUCUGUGCUUGUGAACAAUGUUGGGUUUUAAUCUUGUGCUAUUAAAGUAAUGUGAUCUUGACAGCAACAUACACUUUUAAAGAGAACACAGACUUUGGCUGAACUAUUCACAGAUAUCUUUUUAUUAAAUUUGUAUUUUAAAUAAAUAAUUUCAUCCCAUUUCUGGAACUAAAGAAGUCUGCUUAACUUGGUUUAUCAAUAAAACUUGGACAUAAAACUAGCAAAAUAGAAACUGUACAGCAGAGAGCAUUAAAAGUGCUAAGCUUGGAGCAGCAUUCAUGAUGAGCGUUUCAGUCCAGCACUCUUCAGACUCGACGUAAUCUUCCAUGAUCUCCUCCUGCCUGUUCAAGAUCAUCCAGCUAAUCUGCUCUUUGUCCUACACCUCUGGAAUAGUGCUUUUGAACUACAUCGCAGUAUCUUUCCAGAGGCACAAAGCAUGCAGGUGUCACUGCUGGCAGUCUGUGUGCUGGCCAAGCCAGUGGUUAGCUGCCUUCUUUAUUGCAAGAAUCUUCUUUCCUUAAAGCUUCCAAAAGAGCUUCAUCCGGGAUUUCUUCCAUGGCAUAAUUCAGACUAUCAUUUGCGGCUUCAGCGAGUUCCACAUCUUCGGCAGCUUCCAGGAAACAGGCAUCGU